GAUACCUUCCGGAUUCAUAACACCAGAACUGACAGGCAUUUGUUCCUAUUCGAGAAAAUCCUCCUCAUUACAAAACGGAAGGAAGGUGGCUAUUCUUGCAAAGCAUCUUUGAUGGUGAGCAUCCUCUGGAAAAUGCUUGAUGAUACUUUGCUUGUUUAAAUGACGCCUUGUUUACAUAUACUCGUAGACGUUUUGUUAGCUGCUCUUGCUAUGGUUUACAGGCAAAUAAUCGAAAGAAAAAAUCCCAAUCAAACAUGAUUAAAAGUAAAUAACCUAUACUAGAAGGAGGCGAACCACUUGGCUAUUUACGAACGCGGCCGAGAAGCUAAGAUUGGGACUUACAAGACUCAAAAUAACCGUGACGGCCGGCCUCAAGGGAUGAUGUCCGACCUGAAUGGUGGCUUGAACGGCCAAAAACUGUUCACGAUUUUCCACAACGCUAAACGAAACGAGACAAUCUUUAACCUCACAAAAAAAUACUAUGAAAGAAACACUAGAUGAACACGGUUCGGCAGGAUGCAUAAUAUAUGCAUGGGGCUGUGCGGAAAUCUUACCAAAAUUUCUUUGGCCGGUCAACAUAUCCGGCCAUCUUCCGAAAAUUAUUUUGAGCCCUGGGGCCCGUUUCUCGAAAGUCCCGGUAACUUAACGGGCCCGGAAUCAUAUUUUUAAAUCAAAGUCUCAAGAAAAGUAGGGUGUGUUCUGACCUCUAAUGAAGUCCAUUUUGUUUCGUUAGCUAAUAACUCUACUGUAUAAUUUUCAAAACUUUUAAAACUCCCUUCUAAAAUGGAAAACAAAACAGCUUAACGGGCCCGGUAAUUACCGGGAGCUUCGAGAAACGGGCCCCUGGCCUAACGAGAAUGCUCAAUUCGGGACCUUCCGAUUGCUAGUGCGACACGCUGACCACUCUGUCACACUGCCUCCCUAGAUUAAAUGCAAUAAUUAACAAAAUCUCAUUUUGCAACACUUUCGAUUGUUUUGUUUCUUUAUUCAUCAGUUGUCAAACAUGAUGCUGUCAGAGUCAAUACCUAAAGAACCACUUGCUUUUGAGAUAAUACGCUUUGAUAAUCAGAAGAACAGUUUCGUAUUUUUGGUAAGUGGUCAUUCCCCACUUGUGUAACUCUAAGAAGAAUGGGUACAAGCUUUGGGCACAAUGAUCGCUGGGAUUGUUUGGCUAGACAAGCGUUGUUACAAUUGGUCGAUGGUAUUCAAGGCAAGCAUUAACCAGUCAUAAGUAACGCUGGUCUACCCAAACUAUCCCAGAAAUCGUUGCGCUGAAAGGAUCUAACCAUUUCUGCAAUGGGGAUUUGAAAAAUUUGUCCUGCAUCUUUUGUCAUUGGCCAUCCAGAUAAACUGUAGGAAAACUGGAUGGUAAUGAGUAACGAAAAGUUAGCCUUGUUGUAAAAGACCUUUCUCAACUUACGCUCAGUAUAGUCUUUACCCCAAGACCAUGUUAUUUAAACUGAAACUUUUCUAGCUUUUAAAUCUGUGGACGAAAUCCUAUGGUGUUACCAUUCAAAUAAAACCUCAUCAGCAGUACUUCUGCAUCACGAUGGUACUAUUUAUUUAGUAUGUGGUUCUAACUUUUGAGUCGGUGGACGAAAUCCUACGGUUUUACCAUUUAAAUGAAACCUACUGAGCAGUACUUUCACAUGGUGCUAUUUAUUUAGUAUGUAGUUCUAACUUUUGCGUCUGAGGAUGAAAUCCUCUGGUGUUACUAUUCAAAUGAAAGCUCUUUGGCAGAUCUUUUGCGUGGUGCUGUUUAUUUCUUAGGAUUUUACAAUAAGAAAUUGCAACUUUUGUGAAUUUUUGUUUUUUUGGCCACUGAACCCCUAUCUCAUUUAACGAGGGAUUCAGAAACCGGUAAUAUUAACUGAAGGACAAUUUGAGGACAACUAUAACAACACCUUGCGUCACGAAGGAAUGGCGAAAUAAUUUUACAAUCGUGCUUCUCGUUUCCGUUUCAAUAGGCAAGAAAUGCUGAGCAGAAACGAAAGUGGACCCUUGAACUCAAGGGGUUAAUUGUGGACAGCUUAACAGCACAAGUCCCCAAAGAGGUAAAACUGUUGGAGUCGCUGUAUUUAGUUUUCUCCUAUCCAUGAACUUCAUACUUCUCAAAAUUAAUGUCUUAUUUUGUUAGAUGUUGAUAAACAAAUAGUAUUAUGUGAAUACUGGAGAAUUAGUUCCUUUGACUGUCAUUUCCAUAGGACAGAUUUCAUCUUCUCACUUGUCUCUAUCUGAGUCUUCAUUUUUGUCUCUCGAAUGCUUCAUCGUACUCAUUAUCGUAUUGAAUUUAAUUGGAAUUUUAAGGAACCUGGGCCAAAAUUCAUGAAAACCACCUGCGGUGAGGUGUAUCCUGAAUAUCUUCCUUAACAAGUCUGUUACAAUACGUUCCUUAUUUUUGCUAAUCUCGUCAUCAUGCGAGAGGAACAAACAAACAAUUAAACCAAAAAGCAAAUUAUAAGGGAACAGUCUACUCGUCCUGCGCUUUUUAGGACAUCCGCUGACAUACCACGCCGGCUUUUAAGCCAAAGCAUGAACACAAUGGCAGAAAAGAGGGAGGAAGUCGUCCUCAUUCUUAAUGUAGUAGUAGUAGUAGUUAGUAUUCACUGUAACUUUUAAUUUCUUUCAGGCAAAAGCCCUAAUUCUAGGUAAAAAAGAAGUCAAGGAAAGAGGCGAACAAGGUAAUUAUUUAAGAUUGUUUUGUUUUCCUACGCACCGGUACGUAGACCAGCUUAUUAUAUCUACUACCAACUUAAUUAAUUGCACAGAAAGUGAAAGGCUGUCAUUGGCAAGUGCAAACAACUCAGCAGAAAAUACACAUAUGCCGAGCUAUCCCAAAACGAUUCUUAACUAGAUUUUGAAUCUAAAGAAUCCACACUAAUUGUAUUUGUUAGAUUAGUGCGUUUCUUUGGGUACAGGUCCGGAAAAAAGGCACCUUACAAGUUACUGUGAAGCCCGUUAGGUUCUCGCCGGUUCGCUCCACUGAUUGGUGUCUCGCGAAAGAAUCACCCAUCGCCCGAUUUUGGUGUCUUUUGUCGUAACGAAUCCAAAAAUCUGAGAUUAGGUAUUUAAUAAUAAAGUGCAUCCUAAGUGUUCGGACAAACAAAAGUCACUUUCGUAGAAGAAUUCAUGAAAUAAUAUACAUGUCCUUGAAUCUACAGAAAACCAUGAUAACGAAGGCAAGAAAAGGUCAAGACCUGGUGAGAAGCUAAACAGAGGAGCUCAUCAACUGAAAGGUAAAUUUCGAUUUAUUUUCUUACUCGUGAAUUAUUUUUCAACAGUCGAAGAGAAAUUUCGUAUCUGAGCGCUUUCAUGUAAUAUCUUCUAUAUCAGUCACAUUUUGAUGAAUUACUUACCUGGGUAUUCUGUUUAGAUUCGGUUAAACAAAUCCAAAAUCAGUUUCUUUUUUUAUCUUUUCUUUUUUCAAUUUUGCGGACCUUCACAUUUCGGUGUUAUAACCUCAAAUAACCCUGAACUGUAACGUUUUUUAAAAAUUGUUAAAAGUUACUUGUAAAUCAUCAUCAUCAUCACCGUCAUCAUCAUCGUCAUCGUCAUUGUUUUUAUCAUCAUCAUCAUCAUCAUCAUCAUCAUCAUCAUCAUCAUCAUCAUUUUUAAUAACUGUUCACACCUUUAUUUUGGUUCAUUUUGUUUUGCUUAUUAUUUUCCUUUUUCCAGCUCUGAACAAUUCUCGCCUUCUUGUUACCGUAACGGCAGAUUUUGUAGAUGUUAAUCGCUUGCGGACAUCGUACAACGGCAUCCACCGAAUACUCGAACAAACGGCCUUUAAUAACUCCGAGUUAGAACUUAAGAGACUGGAUCGGAUUGCUUAUGAACUAGCCAAUAGAAACGCUUGCCUCUGGCUCCACCAAAAGCUUGCUAAACCGUAUAACACACAGACUCUAGAAGCUGUAAACAGAAGGAUAAAUGCUUCUUUGCAAGGAAAUCUAAUGAAUAAGAUGAACUUAAAAUGUAAACCUUUAAACAUGGAACGUUUUUCUGAGUUCAGCAGUGUUCCUCGCAACUUUACGUAUAAUCAUAAAGGUAUGAUAAGGUAAUGUUAAGGUAAUGAUAAACUAUAAUUCCUCUGACUAAUUACUGCAUUUAAUAAAUGUGUCUAUAGGUCUUAUAUUAAGUUUUUAACUUCGCCAAGGAUUAAGGCCUUCAUUGAUUCAAUCCCUUAAAUUUUCCAACGGCACACUAAUCACGAAAGGCGGGGCCUUGUUUCCGGUUAGAACCAAUAACUUAAUUUGCUAACCAUAAAUAUUAGCAUUUAGAGUAAAGAAUUUGUUUAUCGGGUUAUUUUUGGAGUGAUUACGCAACGCUUCUUUGUAAUUUGUAAUUAUAACUAAAAAAAAUUUCGUAAUUGGCUAAGCAGUCUUCAUUGAUUUUUAUCCGAUCUUUCAAUCUUUGCUUGUGUUUUUUGCCUUUAUUAUCUUCAAACAGAUAUUAAACAUCAAGCCAAUGGUUUUAUUCUGUUCUUGCUCUGUUUUUCUAUAAACUUUUUGCAUGACCUUUUUCUAUUUAGAAACUUUUUCCUCUUCUUCUGUCCGGCUUUUGCUGAUAAAUUAACUGAUAUUCGUCCAACAACAACAAAAAAUGGUUGUGGCAGAUCGGCCCCCGUGAAUUCCGUUUAUGAUUGCAUUUUUCCCGCCAAUUUUUGCCGUUUUGCGUACAAUCCCCUUAGUCUUCUACACAAGAUGUAAUUUAUUUAGUGACUUUUUUUUCUCUCGUAAAGGAUCACCUCUUAGGAGUAGCAGGAAAAACAAGAAGGUACGUUUACACAAAUAAGAAACACGUGGCAUAAAGAAAGUAAGGACCUUUGGACUGGACUAUGGAUACCAGAUUAAAUAUGACUACGGGUUUUCAUUCCAGUCCGUGUGCUCUAACGAAUCACUAACCUGUGUCGUAGACGUAAUUUAACCCCAGUUAGUAACGUCUGCGAAGCAGUGCCAAUAUCCUUGUUCUGGGUCCCCAACGGACUCAACGAAUUACCGAAAGUACGUUUCGAAUUUCCUUUCAUGCUGAUUGGCUAAUUGACAAUGGCUUUUUUAAUAGGCCAAUCAUGGCGCGUACUCAAAUCCUGGUACUCAGGUAGGGCCCGGAACAAGGAUUUUGGCGCUGUUUCGCAGACGGACUUAACCAGAGUUUAGUUUCGUCUAUGGCGCAGGCUAAAGAAUCACUUGCCACACAAGUCUUUAUCCCUUAUGUUCUUUUUUAGCUAAUCGGCAACAGGAAAAAGUGAGAGUUUCAAGGACGUAACUGGCUAAAAAUUCCUAAAAAAAUUAAUGUACUCGUGCUCGACUUCCUACUAUAACAAACCUAUAGGUCGCUAUUCUCGAGAGUAAUUUUUCGUUCGAUUUCCUGGUUUGGCAUCGCUACGCCUGGUGAUUGGCUGUAAAAAACCUCGCCCUUUUGUUUCAACCAAUCAUAAGGAACGCAAAACAAAUUGCUUCGCUAUGCCGGCGUUUUCCCGCGCUUUACGCCAGCUACAUUUAAUUGUUUGAUCUGAUUGGUUCACUGAAGUAUCUUUGUCGACUGUGAUUAGUAAAAUUGAUAACUUUGGGUUUUAGGUUAAAAACCUGCUGUUAUAUUAAAAGCUGUCGACAAUUACGCUUAUUGAGAACAAUUGUACAUAAGUAGCGAAACCUUUUUAGUGUUGUAAAUUUUUCACUGUAAUCUUUACGUACUGUUAGGACGCAGAGAAGAAGUCAGAUGAUGAAGGCGAACCCCGACCACCAUCAGACGUGUACUCCUCAGACGACGAGAAGGUAUUCGCGUUGUGUUAUUCGCUUCUUUAACUGGAUGACAAAACACGAUGGAAAAAGGGGCAAACUCGGAGUAAAUCAGGAGGAAACGUUAUAAAUGUCACAUUUGCAUACUAAUUUACUCAGGGUUCUAAAGAAGCAGGCAUCUCUAGCCUUGAUUUACUCCUCAUAUUGCACUUUUUGCAUCAUAUUUGCCCUAAACAAAUUUCGUGCAAUUGUAUUUUGCCGUUCAGUGUUUUGUUUUUACGCUCUGAAAAUUUGGUUAUUAGCGGCAAAUUUCCCUGUAAUUGAUCUGACGACCAAAUACUCUAGAAAAGUUUCAAAACUAUGCUUUUAAUCACUGACCUCUGUUAAAAUUGUUAUAAAUAGAGAGGAGAAGUCGUGCAAUAGUACGUGCAGUUACAGAAUUCACUUUUCAGCGUUGCAUUUUUGGCUUUCCUUAUCUGCUAUCACGUGCGCUUCACGUUUUUGUCACGUGCCUGUCACGCCUCACAGUUGCAUUUUGUUUGGUUACUCUAUGUAGAAAUCACUCGGCCCGCAGUCAAUUCUCAGUGACAGAGAAGAUGAUUUGGAACCAUGUGAAGAAGCUAAUGAGGAUGAAUCUGGAAUCUCAUCGGAAUCCGCCGCUGGACAAGUGGGAGUUGAGGAACAGGGACUGAGGGCUCAGGACACAAAUAAAGGCGAUAAAUUGGUAAGUUUACUCUUACUUUAGUUUAUAUCCUUUUAUUACUCAUGCGUUAUGUCAAACCAGGUUAAGAGUACCGCCCUUCGUUAGUCGUUUCCAGUAUCACUUCAUUUUUUCGUUGUAGUCGUGACAUCGGCUCAUUCUAUUUUCAAAUAAUCAGUUCAUCAAAAGAAUCUUUAGGGGCUCGCUUGCCAUGACGUGACUGUCGAUCGUCCUGGAUCAUACGUUUCUGGGAAACUGUCCACCUACCCCUCCCCUAAGCCAACAUUUUGCCCCAAGUGAGAAGUAAGGGUUAAUGUUGGCGUAGGGGAGGGGUAGGUGGUGCGGUCACCUGAGGUGAAGCUCUUCCUGUUCAAGAAUGAGCCAGUCAUCGCUCGAGACUCAUGUAACCGGCGCCAAUCGGCGGAGAGUGCUUGUCGCGUUUUGUUUUGAUUUUACUGCUGAUUGGUUAUUAAAGCGGUGCAACAUAUGUUUCAGCCAGUCACAAAGCCUUUAAAUGAGAACCAAAGAAAGUGUAAAAUAAAGAACAUUUAGAUCAGUGGUACGUUUUUAACGCUGUUUUCACUCAACCGACAGGGUGAUUUAGGUUUUUUAAAAAGUCUUAACUACUUAACCAUCUUUUUUUACAUUUUAAUUUCUUUAACUUUACAGGAAAAAGGUGGAGAUGCAAAGAAAUCCACAGAGCAAAUUACAAGAUAUUCAAUUCAGGACGCUGAUGGCAAUGUGUUGGGAACCGCGCAUGAAGGCGGUUAUGAUGGCUGCGAUCCCGAAAAAUCCACGAAAGGAACUACAAAAUGCUCAGUAGAGGACGCCCAAGGGAAUCUGUUAGGGAACACGACUGCUGAAAGCAACGAUAACGAGCACAGUGACAGCGGAGUUUCUGAGAAACCUGCGGAACAAACCACAAGAUAUUCCGUACAAGACAGCAAGGGAGAGGUUUUGGGGACCGCGAUUGCCGAACGCAACAGCGGUAACCACGAUGUCGCGAGCCAAGGGACAGAACUCCCAUCUAUUGAAAAGGACGUUAACGAAGGAAAUACCGUAAAAAGGGUACCUCCUAUUCCAAGAGAACGCUCAAGCAGCUUCACCAGGUGUGAGUCUCUUCAAACGUUACGUAACAGAAGCGGAAGUAGUGUGUCCGAUGACGAGGCUUCAAGCGAGCGUGGGAAGAUCAGUCCCAUUCCCCCGAGGCGAACGUCAAGUAGCGGGCAUCGGCUUCUUGAAGCGAGACUAAGCGCGGAAAAAUCGUCAUCUACGACUGACUUGCGUAACAUAAACGAAGGCUUUCCAAGUGUCUUUAGCCAUAGCGAGGAGAUUACAGAUCUUAUGGAGUAUUCAGCUAUACAGACGACUGUGCGGAAAGUAAGCCGAGCAUUCAGCGGCUCGUCACCUCCCCCGGAGAAAAGCACAUCCCAUGAGUCUCACACGCAGCCCGCACAAUCCCGAUACAUCGUGGAAACCCGCACCUCUCCGGGAAAAGAAUCCGGCAGCUCAGAUUCCUCUCAUAAUUUAGAUGAACUUCUUGCUUCUAUCGAUCGAGACCUGGACGAAACUCGUCGCACCAUUUCUUACGCGCAGCUCUUGGAGUCUGCUCUGCUGAUAAAAAAUGACAUCUCACCGUUGGACGCGGAGGGCCAGCCCACGGGCUCUUUAAGACGUAGGCGCCGUCCGAGAAUCGUCGACUUUUCCAGGGAAUAUGACGAUCCGCACUCGAGCGACAUGAAAACUUCUUCGGAGCAACGGCCCGGAAAAAUCGCGCCAAAUGAGCGUGAUACUGGUGGCUUGGAAGCAACAGAUUCAAACACUGACGUUUCUGAGAAAUCGGGUGAAAAAACGCUCGAAAAUGAGAGCAGACCAUCAGGAUCUACUGUGCGCUUAGAUGAAUGUGUGCCACAGGAACACCAUGAACCAAAUUCAACGCCGGCGACUGAAAACACUCCAGUAAAGAAACGAGUGUUUGAACUUUUCGCAGACGGCAAUGAGAAAAGCAGACAAUUAAACAGCAUGGACAAAGAAUCAUCCGAAGCCGAGCCUGAACAUGUUAUUACGCCAACGAAGUCGUUAUUGCCUAGUGUUUAUCAAAUGGCUAGGCAGUAUUCCAAAAUUGUGUCGGACAAACAGCAAGCGGACGAGAUACGCAUGCGCAAUAGAAGUAAACUGCGCGGUAGCACAGGCUCACUAGCAUUUGCAAGCGGCCAGGAUGAUGUCACCGACCACACCCCAAAAAUUAAAAUUGAAAAGAUCACAAAGGUAUCUUUCAGUAGCACCCCGAUUGAGAGUUACAAGCUCGUAAGGCGCCGAAGAAAGCGUUCGGGAUCUUCUCGGCGGAGAUCGGACGAUUUUCGGCGGCAGAGCUGGUCGGUGGAGAAAGUCAAACCGGAUUCGGAAGAACCUUGUAAAGCGAGGCCCAAGAGCGUAUAUGAUAUGGAAGCUUUAGAGGAAACACUCACUGAGAACUUGGAACACAUCGAAGAGGGCCUGGAACCCAUGUUGAUUGAGGGACUGGAUAAGGAUGAUGUGGUCGUGAGGGGACUAGUGCAGCAUCUAGUCAACAAGUUUAAUACUCAAAAAAACGCAAAUGAUUUAAAGAAGCCGUAG